GGAGUCGCGCUCCAGGGCGCGCGCACGGGCGCGCACGUCCCUGCGCCUGCGCGUCACUCAGGCCUGCCAGUGCGUGGUGGGUGCCGCCGGCCCCCAGGGGGGGUUGGGGAAUUAAAAAGAAAAAAAAAAACGCGCGUGGAAUUGAUCCAGGGAACUCUCCCAGCACACCCAGUACCAUGGCAUCUGGAGUGGAAGUCUUGCGAUUCCAGCUCCCAGGGCAUGAGGCUGCCACCCUUCGAAACAUGAACCAGCUCCGGGCAGAAGAGCGCUUCUGCGAUGUCACCAUUGUGGCCGACAGCCUCAAGUUCCGGGGCCACAAGGUAAUCUUGGCGGCCUGCUCCCCAUUUCUUCGCGACCAGUUUCUCCUAAAUCCCAGUUCAGAGCUACAGGUCUCUCUAAUGCACAGUGCCAGAAUCGUGGCAGAUCUCCUCCUCUCCUGCUAUACUGGGGCUCUGGAGUUUGCUGUCCGUGACAUUGUCAACUACCUGACUGCCGCCUCCUAUCUCCAAAUGGAGCACGUGGUAGAAAAAUGUCGAAAUGCCCUGAGCCAAUUCAUUGAACCCAAGAUUGGCUUAAAAGAGGAUGGAGUUGGUGGAGGGAUUGGAUUGACUGGGCUCAGCUCCACCAAGUCACUCCUCCCACCCGCUCGAACCCCAAAGCCAGCUCCCAAACCCCCACCACCACCUCCUCCACCUCCUCUUCUCCGACCAGUGAAGCUAGAAUUCCCCCUAGACGAGGACCUUGAGCUAAAGGCAGAAGAAGAGGAAGAGGAUGAAGAAGAAGAUGUAUCAGAUAUCUGCAUUGUCAAGGUGGAAUCAGCCUUAGAAGUGGCACAGAGGCUUAAGCCGCCUGGAGGCAUUGGGGGGAGCCUUGGCCUUGGAGGGAGCCUCGGCCUCGGAGGGAACCUGAGCCUUGGAGGAGGUCUUGGCCUUGGGGGGAGUAGUGGACUCCUCAUCAAUGAGGUUGGAGAAACUAUUGAUGCUCCUGAUGAUAGCACAGCACCCCAGGGGGUGGUGAAGGCCUGCUACAGCCUUACAGAAGACACAGAAGGGGAGGGUCUAUUGCUUUUUCCUGGAGCUCAAGUAGGGGAGGGCAUUACCCUUGGACUUGGAGAUGAAGCCCUAGCAGCAGCCACUAUGUCUCGGGGCAGUGGAGUCAGUGGGAGUUAUGGGGGUAUGAGGAGCCCUAUACCAGGGGGCUCCCCAGUGGGAAACCCACUGAAGAACAUCAAGUGUACCAAGUGCCCAGAAGUGUUUCAGGGUGUGGAAAAACUUGUGUUCCAUAUGAGAGCCCAGCACUUCAUCUUUAUGUGCCCUCGAUGUGGGAAGCAGUUCAACCAUAGUAGCAACCUCAACCGUCACAUGAACGUCCACCGAGGUGUCAAGUCACACUCCUGUGGUAUUUGUGGUAAAUGCUUCACGCAGAAGUCUACCCUACACGACCACCUCAACCUUCACUCUGGGGCUCGGCCCUACCGUUGUUCUUACUGUGAUGUGCGCUUUGCCCAUAAACCCGCCAUUCGACGCCACCUCAAGGAGCAGCAUGGCAAGACCACAGCAGAGAAUGUCCUGGAUGCCAGUGUAUCAGAGCUCAAUGCCCUCCUCCACUAGCUGGAGGAGGGAUAACUAGGGGAGGGUUUGGGGUGAGGUGAGGAGAUUGCUGGUAGAAGGAUCCUCUCCCCAAGGAGAAUAAGUUGAAGGGGAAAGGGGGCUUUUCUGUUUCCAGGAGAGUUAAGAUGGGGUUAAAAGCAGAGGUAUUACAAAAGAACAGCUGCUCAGGUCUUCCUCAGGGAAUAAAAAGGGGUUAGACCUUGCUAAGGGGAUUAAUGAACCUUUCCUUGGGAUGAUGAGGAAAGAAAAAGUUCCUGUGUUCUAGGGUAAAGGGGCCCAGAGAAGAGGGAAGGCUCUUUUCUGGAAGAGGUAGAUUAUUGGGGUGAGGAUGGUAUGCAGGAUAUAAGUAGAAAAAAAGGGGAAUAUAGGAGGUUUUAUCAUAGGGUAAGAAAGCUAUAGAGAAGACAACUCAG